AUUGGGCAUAAAAAGCAAAGCCAACCCAAUAAAUCACUUAAUCCGAGUUAGGUUUUGACGAUCUCUGUCUAUCAUCACCGUCUUCUCUCUCUCUCUUCAAAUGAAUAGUAGUCGUCAUACCUCUUUCUAGUGCGAGUGUAGAUAUGGAAGGAUUUGGAGGUGGGAGUAGUAUUCAAGAGACUCUCAAGCCUCAGGAUCUCAAGCAAUUGGGGUCGAAUUCCACAGGAGAUGCAGUAUUUGAUGCAUCACAGUAUGCGUUUUUCGGCAACGAUGUUGUUGAAGAAGUUGAGUUAGGGGGACUAGAAGAAGAAGUGGAUGAUUUUCCGGCUGCUGGGUUUGAAGAUGAAGAGUAUCAGUUCGAUUUAGAAGAGGGUGAAAUUUUAGGAUCCUUAUCUGAAAUAGAUGAUAUAAACAGCACUUUUUCAAAGUUGAACAAGGUUGUUAGUGGACCAAGAAGUGCAGGAGUGAUCGGUGAUAGGGGAUCCAGAGAAAGUUCAUCUGCUGCUGAGUGGGCACAAGAUGCAGAAUUUCCUAACUGGUUUGAGCAGCAUAUAUUUGAUGGUGAAAGCACUCAGGAAGGCAAAAGAUGGUCAUCACAACCACAUUCUUCUUCUGCUCAUGUUGAGGAAUCAAAGCCUUUGUACAGAACAUCUUCAUAUCCAUUGCAGCAGCAACAGCCAUAUCCUCCUGCUGGUCAUCCAGAGGAAUCAAAGCAUUUGUAUAGAACAUCUUCAUAUCCAGAACAACAGCAACAACACCAACGCCAGCAUUUCUCUAGUGAGCCAAUUAUUGUACCAAGAUCUUCUUUCACAUCAUAUCCUCCCCCUGGUGGCAGAUCACAGCAAGCUUCACCGAAUCAUCAUUCACGCCAUUCUAAUAUUCCAUACCAUCCAGGUGGUCAUCAGAUGCCGCUAUCUUUGUCCAAUGUCUCUCCCUUCUCUAACCCACAGCUUCAAUUGACUGCCUUAUCUCACGGUUCACAAUUUGGUGGAAAUUUGCCUCAAUUUACUUCUCCCGGUCUCUCUGUUAAUAACAGGCCCAAUAAUCAAUGGGUCAAUCAGACUGGUUUAUUUCCUGGAGAUAAUUCUAUCCUUUUGAACAAUAUGAUGCAGCAGUUACCUCAUCAAAAUGGUUUAAGGCCUCCGCAGUUAAUGCUGCAACAACAAACACAGCAACAUAGACUGCAUCACCAAUUUCAGCCAUCAUUUGGCCAUUUACCAGGGCUGCAGUCGCAACUAUUUAACCCUCAUCUUUCUCCAGCCCCACAAAUACUGAACAAGCUUGAAAUGCUUGGGUUGAGUGAUAUGAGAGAUCAAAGACCUAAGACAAUGUCAAAAAGUAGACAGAACUUCCGUUAUUCUCACCAGGGCUCUGAUACUGGUAGUCAGAAGAGUGAUAGUGGGUGGCCACAGUUCAGAUCUAAGUACAUGACAGCUGAUGAAAUUGAGAGUAUUCUUAGAAUGCAGCUUGCUGCAACUCACAGUAAUGAUCCCUAUGUGGACGAUUAUUAUCACCAGGCUUGUCUUGCAAAAAAUUCUGCUGGUGCGAAGUUGAAACACCAUUUCUGUCCAACUCAGCUUAGGGAUCUUCCUUCCCGAGCUCGUGCUAAUACCGAGCCACGUGCUUAUCUCCAGGUUGAUGCUCUUGGUAGAGUCUCCUUCCCUUCCAUUCGUAGGCCUCGACCGCUUCUUGAAGUCGAACCUCCAAAUUCACCUGGUGCUGGGAGCACCGAACAGAAAGUGUCUGAGAAACCCUUGGAACAGGAGCCAAUGCUUGCGGCUAGAGUAACUAUUGAAGAUGGCCUUUGCCUUCUUCUGGAUGUAGAUGAUAUUGACCGGUUCUUACAAUUCAAUCAGCUACAAGAUGGUGGGGGCCAGUUGAGACGGAGGCGGCAGGUACUGUUGGAAGGACUAGCAACGUCGCUUCACCUGUUUGACCCACUUGGCAAAAAGGGCCACACGGUUGAACUGGCUCCCGAGGAUGAUCUUAUUUUUUUGCGGUUAGUGUCCCUUCCCAAGGGGCGGAAGCUCCUUUCAAGGUACCUUCAGCUCCUGUUUCCAGGUGGUGAGCUCGUCCGAGUAGUCUGCAUGGCCAUUUUCCGUCAUUUAAGGUUCUUAUUUGGGGGACUCCCUUCUGAUCCAGGAUCUGCCGAAACUGCUACCAAUCUUGCGAGGAUGGUUUCAACUUGUGUCCGAGGCAUGGAUAUUAAAGCACUAGGUGCUUGUCUUGCAUCUGUGGUUUGUUCCUCUGAGCAUCCUCCGCUCCGCCCCCUUGGGAGCUCUGCUGGUGAUGGAGCAUCUGUCGUUUUGAAAUCUGUUCUCGAGAGGGCAACUGAACUCUUAACAGAUCCCCAUGCUGCUGGCAACUGCAGCAUGCCCAACCGGGCCUUUUGGCAGGCCUCUUUUGAUGCAUUCUUUAAUCUGCUCAUCAAGUACUGCUUUAAUAAGUAUGAUACUAUUAUGCAGUCAUUGCUCAUGCAGGCCCCGGCCGACACACCUGUUAUUGGGUCAGAUGCAGCAGCUGCUAUUAGUAAGGAAAUGCCAAUUGAACUCUUGCGUGCUAGUCUUCCUCAUACUGAUGAGCAUCAGAGGAAGCUGUUACUGGAUUUUGCACAGCGAUCCAUGCCUGUGCUUGGAUUUAACGGUCAUAGCAGGGAGAGUGGUGGCACAUGAAUUCUUAGUUGAUCAAUUCUGUUGUGUUACUGCAAUGCACGUAGAAGCUAAUUACUGAUGAAUGUAUGGGAAAUGCGGACCCGUGAUAAUGUUAAAGAAGUAUCUAUGUUCUCAGCAUGCUUCCGUGUUUGGUCUUGUCAGAAAACAGGUCAUGGGAUUGCAUGGAGUUGAAGUGAAGGGAGUAGAGCAUUAGCCCUAGACGUAAGUUCAGUCAUUUAGGUUUUACAUAUUUUCUUCCUCGCCAUCCGUUCUGCUUCCUUGGAAGAACCUGUAAGCAGGGCUAUCUGUGUAUUAUAUUGAAGCUUUGGUCUCCUUUUCUUUCGAUAUGGGAGCUUGUUUUAAUGCUCUGUUAUGGACUUCGUGGUAUUAGUGAAGGCAUGGGGUUAAUGUUGUUCAUUCGAAAUACUUCCCACAUCCCUUUAUUAUUUACGUCAAGGACGUGGGAAGUAUUCUGUUUCAAAUCUGGUAAGUCAAUCCAAUUCUUCUUCUCCUGUGUUAGGUUCUGGGACAAUGAAAAUAUUUGAUAAUAGUUUUUCUAGCUCAGUUUGAACUCAGGUUGAUCAUGUGUUUUCUAUCACCCCUGAAGGCUGACUGUAAAACCUGAGACAAUAGAUAGAAUUGAUUAUAUUGCCUUAACCCUUGUCUAGGUAUCUAUAUUGCAAAAAAUUGUUGCUGACGGUUCUGCUAAUAUUUGUGUGAUUUGGUUUCUGGGUGAGGUGAAUGUGUCGUGUAUUGUAAUUUUAGCGGACGAGGCUAUAAAAGUCUGCUAUUAUUAUUAGCUACUGAAUGCCCAAUGUAACUAGGUUCAAUGACUUGGCUGUAUGUUGCUUGUUCCUGGCAUCACUUGAAAAUCGAUGCAAGUUAUUUUUUAGUCUGUA